UUUUAUUGGGAUACAAAGGAGGGCAGAGAGGGGAGGGUGAAGGGAGAUGGCGGACGGGACUCGGAGGGAGGGAAUGAGGUGCGGGUGGUGGGGAAGGGGCAUGGAGGGAAUGAGGUGGGGGUGGUGGGGAAGGGGGAUGGUGAGGAAGGGGGAUGGUGGGUUUGUACGCUUCGUGCUCCAUCUCAAUGAUAUCACUCCGACCUCGCGAAUUCUCACUCCGACCUCGCGAAUUCUCACUCCGACCUCGCGAAUUCUCACUCCGACCUCGCGAAUUCUCACUCCGACCUCGCGAAAUUCUCGCUUGUUUGUGGAGCUUGCUAUCGGCUGUCGGUAUAGAUGCGCCCUCUCGCUGUCGGUAUAGGUGCGCGCUACCGGCUAUCGGUAUAGGUGCGCGCUGGCGGUAUAGGUGCGCCUCCUCCUUCCCCGCACCUUCCCUCCAUCCUUCCCCCCUUGCCCUCCAUCCUUCCCCCCUUGCCCUCCUCUUCGCGUGCCCUCUCCUCCUCUCCCCUCCCAUUCUCCCUCCGCUCCCCUCCCAUUCUCCCUCCUCUCCUUCCCCUUCCCCCCGCCCUCGCCCCUUCCCCUCGCCCUCGCCCCUUCCCCUCGCCCUCGCCCCUUCCCAUUCUCCCUCCUCUCCUUCCCCUUCCCCCCUUCCCCUCGCCCUCACCCCCCCUCGCCCUCGCCCUCCCCCCCUCGCCCUCGCACCCCCCCCCCCUCGCGCACGCACGACCGAAGGGAAACGUGUGGUGGAGAGGGGAACGUGUGGUGAAGAGGGGAACGUGUGGUGGGGAGGGGAACGUGUGGUGGAGAGGCGAAGGGGUGGCACGACCGAGGGAUCGGCGAGGGGGUGGCGCGAGGAAACUGGCGGGGUGGCGCGAGGAAACCGGCAAGCUGCCAGCGUCAACGGGCAAGGUGCCAGCGUCAACGGGCAGGAGGCGAGAAGGGAGAAUGGGGCGGACGGAAGGGAGAAUGGGGCGGACGGAAGGGAGAAUGUUGCGAACGGAAGGGAGAAUGUGGCGAACGGAAGGGGGAAUGUUGCGAACGGGAGAGAGAAUGUGGCGAACGGAAGGGAGAAUGUGGCGAACGGAAGCCGCGCGCCCGGCGCCGCGCGGAGUCGUCUCGAGUUACGCGCAGGUUGUCUCGAGUUAUGCGCAGGUCGUCUCGAGUUACGCGCAGGUCGUCUCGAGUUACGCGGGGAGUCGUCUCGAGUUACGCGAAGUCGUCUCGAGUUACGCACAGGUCGUCUCGAUUUACGCGCAGGUCGUCUCGAGUUACGCACAGGUCGUCUCGAGUUACGCGCAGGUCGUCUCGAGUUACGCGCAGGUCGUCUCCUUCUCCCUUGGCGCCCUUCGAAGUUCGGAGAUGCCAGCAAAAGAACACAUUCGUUGGUGGGUCAUGCAGCAGAUACAUUCACUACAUUCACUACAUUUACUACAUUCACUGCAUUCACUACAUUCACUACAUUCACUACCGACUGUAAAGUCUACGCCUCCCCGCUCGACAUCCUACCGUGAUCGUCCAGACCGUAGUGAUGAUCGUUCUUACCGUAGUAAUGAUCGUUCAGACCGUAGUGAUGAUCGUCCAGACCGUAGUGAUAAUCCAGAACCCCUGCGAAGCUACUCACCACUCCUGCGAAGCUACUCACCACUCCCUAGACUCAUCCUCAAGGCGGAUAUCCACCCGUCCUCAAGGCGGAUAUCCACCCGCCCGGCGGGGCUAU